CACCCCACGCGCCUCUUUCGAGUUUAUUUCCCCAAUCUUCCUGCCACCCUCGCCCCCUCUUUUAACACUUUCCAUGGCAAUGAAAACGACAAAGACAACGACGAUCGCGUGGCGGGAAAGCAUCAGGUCCCGAUAAUUUUUCUCUCUCAAUCUCACGAAUUUACCCUCCUCCUCCCCUGCUCCUCCUGCAACCGUAUAUAAACGUGUAGAACGAACGCACGAACCUUCUCAGGAAACGCCUUCCAAGCCAAGCAAACACCUCUAUACCAAAGAGACGAACCUCGCUCUCCCUCUCUCUGUAGAAUUGAAUGUAAUCUGGCUGUUCGGUUACAGAAGUUGUCUUCUUAGUCUAUGGUUGUUGUUUUUUUUUCUGGUUUUGUUUCGAUAUGCUUGUCGGUUGUUAUUGUAUUGAUGAUCGAUGAUGAUGAUCUCAUUGCCGUCCUUCAAUAAUCACCACCGUUGAUUCUUUAUACUGCUCUUCUUGCCUUCGCCUGUUAUGAAGUUCGCCGGUGAUUCUUUUCUCUCCUCCUCUCUUUCAUGGAAUUUUCAUUCUCAUUCUGAAGUGAAUUGUGAUUUUGGACCAAAUUUUAAUGGGGAAAGCCGAUGAUUCAGAAUGCGUUUUUCCUUUAACAAGUCUCCAGAUUGGAGACUUGCAGUCUUAUCUCUCAGAUCUUAGCCUUUUCGUUGCGUUUGAAAGUGGGAAAUUAUAUAUUUUGGUGGACAAUCGACCAUGGCUGAGAAACCUUGGUUCACACCCUGCACACUUGUGGCAACUGAUGGUUACCAAGUCUAGGUUAUCUCCUUUUGCAAACUCAAAGGCUCAGAGGGGGAGAAAGGAGGGAAAGGAUGCUUCUUCUCAGUCCAAUCCCAGUAAAUCAACAAAGCUUGAGAGAUGGUUCUUGUUGAUUGAAGUGGCAACUUUGUCCCGGAAGAGGGGUUUGCCUCCCGUGAAGAAAUUAAGGAACUCACUGUUCUUAAGUAGUGAAUUACACAGGACGCUUUAUGGUUUUAUUGUCUUUGAAGUUGCAUGGAAUGAUGUGCGGGGUAUCAACUACUUGAACGAGCUUCUGACUGACACAUCUCUGGCUAUUGAAGCUAAGAUAAUGCAAAGAUGGGAAUUUGAUAGCAUAGCUCAAGCUGCAAGUAGUUUAUCUUCAUGGUUCUCAGGAACUCUCUCUGAGCUGCUACAAUUGAAAGGUUAUCUUGAUUCUGCUACAGGAGACACCUUUUAUGAUGCUGAAGAAAAUUUCUCAAUGACACCCUCUAUUGAUGACGAUGAUAAUCUGUGGGCUGAGGAUAAUUCUUCGUGCUGCCUUGGUGGCAGUUUUGAUGUAUUUCCUGGGACCCCAGAAAAUAUAACGAGUGAGCCACUCACUCCUCCACCCACUGGGCCUUAUAAGAGAAGAAGAGCGAUCAGGUCAAUUGGAACUAGAGUUGAAGUUGAUUGUUACGCUGAGGAAACACAGGGUGGAAAUGAAGACUUUUUAGACAGCUCUGGUGCCAGUGAUUGUGAGAAUGUUCAUGAACCUAAGCUAUACGUGGAUGUUUUGAUUUUGUUUAGAUUCAAUGAUCAUGACCUGCCAUAUAAACUAAAACAAGUGAUAAUGUCUGACCUGAGGUUACUUACUUUAUUGGAAGCUGGGCUCCCAUCUUGGGUUCUCUUUCUUCAGUCAUAUCCAGGAUUUUGCCAUCUUUAUCGUCCUUGGAUGUGCCCUCUGGCCAGAGCUUUGUAUGUGUUAAUCUCAGUUAUCACUGUUCUCAUUGGAUUUUUUGACUUGUACAAAAAUGUCCCAGUUCUUAAGGCAACUGCUUCUAGUUUGUUUGGACCACUUUUUGACUGGAUAGAGACUUGGGAGAUGGUUUCAAGAAUCAAGUACCUGGGAACAAUGCUAUUUCUACAUAACUUUGAGAAAGCUGUUACUUGGUUUCUGAUGGUCACACACACCACUAGAUCCUUCUUUUCAGUUUUCACACAGCCACUGGUCGAACCGCUCACUGAGAUUUUAGGCUUUCUUCUUCCAUUGUGGAAUAUAUUCAUUGAAGUAAUAGAGAGUUUGUAUUCCUUUUUUUGGGUUGUGAUUGAAUCGUCUUGCAGUGUACUGGGAGGCCUACUAGAGAUUUUUGCAUGGCCUAUCUCAGUUAUCUGGAGCAUUGCAACUUCAAUUAUAUAUCCCAUAUUCUGGAUUGUUUGGGAAAUACUUUAUGCUCCGAUUCGCUCGGUCCUUGCACUAGCUGGUCUUGUCGCUUUCACUUGUGCCUGGAUAUCGGAAAUGAUUGGGGAUAUUUGGAAAUAUGUAAAUGGAAUAUUCCAGCUUGCUGCAGCUUCUGAUGCAAGAGUCGGUACAUGCGAAGUUUCAAUGUGGCGUUCACUUUGGAAUGACCUUUUUUCUCAGGUUUUCCGUGCUGUAAGGAGCAUAUUAAAUGGUUUUGUUGCCUUCUUCACAGCCUGCAACAGGCAUCGCCUAAGCAUUUAUAAUCACAUACAGGAUUUCAUUCAGAGAAUACUUGGUCGGGCGCCAAGGUCACAACCAUUGGAUUAUAGAAACAGCAGGAUGACACCUGAAACUCGAAGUCGGGCGUCCGAAGGGAGUAGGAAAAUUCACAUGAGAUGAAAGCUAAUAAGCAGUUUUUUGGGUCCAGAAGAGACUAUACGUUGGAUGCAGGGCCUGCCUUGCACAUAAAGUGCAUUUGUCGACAAAUAAAUAACUGAAACAACAACAUGUGGGUUAAACAGGCAGGAGAUUCUGCAACUAUUCACAGAGGUAUCAUAGAAAGAGCUUUCUUCUUUUGUUUGUUUCGUGUUGUAUUAUUUCUUUCUUUCUUUCCAUACGAUAACGCUCUCCGGUUUAAGAUGUGAGCAGCUUGUAUAGUUAUCAAAGUAUUAAACAGCUAUAUAUAUAUAUUUUU